UAAAUUAUAAACUUUUUGUUCUAAUACUACAAUGUCUUCCACGCACAAAGUGUUUGUUCUUGUUGCUCUUGUGAUCAUUGCAUUGGUGUCAUCAGCAUCUAUAGUGGAGUCUAGGCAACUCUCCAACCCUUCCAAUUUGAUGAGUCUUGAAGCAAGAUUGAAGUUGAUUGGUGAAUCCUCUAAUUGUUGGGAUUCAUUGUUCAAACUCCAAGCAUGUAGUGGUGAAAUCAUAACAUUUUUUCUAAAUGGUGAGACUUACUUAGGCAAUAGUUGUUGCCAAGCAAUAAGGGUAAUUGGACAUGAUUGUUGGCCUAACAUUGUUGCCUCACUUGGAUUCACAAAUGAAGAGACUGAUAUAUUGGAAGGUUAUUGUGAUGAAGUUGAGGCUCUUCAUUCACCACCACCACCUACACCACUUGCAUUUGGAAUUGAGUCUAUGGAUAUUGUUCCAUAAAUCAAAAUUAUGUAACUUUUGGUUUUGAUGAUUUUCAAUGAAUAAGUGGAGUAAUA